CCAACUUCAACAAGCCCUAAUUAGUUACUCUUGUAUAGCAAAUGCCACUCUCAUCUCUCUAACCUCUCAAGGCUAAGAUCCCUCCCUCCCUCCCUCUCUGCCGCCGCAACUUCCGCCGCAGACGGUGCUGAAAUUAAAGCCAUUUUCCAACAACACAAAAAAUGAGUCAGAUUUUCUCAGCCAUAGAGUACUAUCUUGUGAGGCAACCUUCUAUUGAGAACUUCACAUGGAUUCCCAACCAAACCCUAGCUUCGUCUCCUCAAUUUAUCGUCUUCACCGUCGUCUUUUACCUCUGUUUCACCUUCUCUCUCUCUCGUCACUCUCUCCCUCCGGUUCCUCCGGCGAUUCUCAAACCCAUCACCGCCAUCCAUAGCACCUUCCUCCUCGUCCUCUCCUUCAUCAUGGCCCUCGGUUGCCUCCUGUCCACCAUAUCCCAUGCACCUCACUUCCACUGGAUCAUCUGCUUCCCGCCGAACACCCCUCCCUCCGGCGCCGUCUUCUUCUGGGCCUACGUCUUCUACCUCUCGAAGAUUCUAGAAUUCGUUGAUACUUUCUUAAUCAUCUUGUCAGGCUCUAUCAAACGCCUCACGUUCCUCCACGUGUACCACCACUCGGCCGUGGUGGUAAUGUGCUACAUUUGGCUCGAGACGUCUCAGUCGCUGUUCCCGGUGGUGCUCGUGACGAACGCCUCUGUGCACGUGCUAAUGUACACCUACUACUUAUCGUGCGCACUCGGGGUUCGUCCCACUUGGAAGAAGCUCGUGACGGAUUGCCAGAUCGUUCAGUUCUACUCCAGCUUCCUCGUUUUGAGCCUUAUGCUGUGGUACCACUUUUCCGGGUCGGGUUGUUCUGGGGUUCUGGGUUGGAGCUUCAAUGUCGUUUUCUAUGCUUCACUUUUGAUUCUCUUUGUUGACUUUCAUAAAAAGAAUUAUGGGUCGAACUCGAAGAAGACGAUGAUGAUGGAGGACGACGACGACAACGUUAAAACCUGGAAGCCGCUGAUUUAUAGUAUUCCCAAGUGAUCCUGAUCACAUAUUUAGAAAAAAUAAAAAAUAACAUUAAAGGUCCUAAAAAAAAUUUAUUACAAUAAGAA